ACUUCCGGUCUACGGAGGCUGCUCUCAUGUCUCGCCGGCAGUGUUUUGUGUCGGUCUGCGGACUCGGUUCGUCGGUUCUUUGACGUUCUGUCCUCGGCGAGCCUGGAUCAUGGUCUGGAUGUUCCGGUUCUGCUGGACGGCGUCGCUCUUUCUCCAGGUGGCGUUCGGUGCUCAGGCAAGCGCCGCCCGGUUGUACACAGAGGACGACCCGCUGGCGGUGCUGAGCAGCUCCAGCUUCACGUCCACCGUCACCAACUCGUCCUCCGCCUGGCUGGUCCAGUUCUUCUCGUCGUGGUGUGGACACUGCAUCCAGUUCUCCGGGACUUGGAAGGCUUUGGCCCAAGACGUCAAAGACUGGCGGCAGGUGAUCAACAUGGCGGUGUUGGACUGCGCACAGGAGGACAACUAUGACGUGUGUAAGGACUACAACGUCAAGUUCUACCCCACGUUUAAGUAUUUUCAUGCUCACUGUCCACCCACGGACAAAGGGACCACCUACAGAGGUGCGGACCGGGGGGUGCAGCCAGUGAGACAGCUGAUGGUGGACAUCCUGCAGAACCACACCAGAGCACCAGAACCCCGUCCACCUUUAGAACCCUGGAGCUCUGCACAGAUCUUCCCUCUGCUGGGUCAAAGGACAGGUGACUUCACCGCCCUCAUCGUGGAGGAAGCGGAGUCGUACGUGGGUCGAGAGGUGACCUUGGACCUGCUGCCCUACUCCGGCGUGCACGUGAGACGAGCACUCAGCGCCGAUCGCCCCCUGCUGGACGCGCUCAACAUCACAGCCCUGCCCUCCCUCUACCUGCUGCACCCCAACGGGACACACACGCACCAGCACACUGAGAAGAGGCAGAGGUUCUUCUUCACGUCCUUGCUGAGGACACUACCUGGCGUCCAGCGCAGGUUGAGGACACACGGGUCCAGCAGAGAAGGACACGUGUCCCGGCAAGCCUCCACGGCGGCGUGGAAGGACUUUGACAGGCGGAGGGUGUACACGGCGGACCUGGAAUCGGCGCUGCACUACGUGCUGAGGGUGGAGCUAGCCAGGCACCCUAUACUGGAGGGGGCGGAGCUAAAGGUUUUUAAGGACUUUGUCACGUUGGUUGCCAAGUUGUACCCGGGUGGGGGUCCAGUCGUGAAGCUCAUGGAGAUGCUCUCUGAUUGGCUGCACAGUCUCCCACUGCAACAAAUCCCAUACCAGGCUGUCCUGGACCUGGUGGACAACAAGAUGAGGAUCACAGGUGUGUUCUUGGGGGUGGGGCUUAACUGGGUUGGUUGCCAAGGUAGCAGGGAUGGGCUGCGAGGUUACCCGUGUUCAAUUUGGACUCUCUUCCACGUCCUGACGGUCCAACAUGAUGCCACACCUGAUGCACUGGCUGACACAGCCAUGGGUACUGAAGGUGCUCCAGUGUUGAAGGUCAUGCAAGGUUACAUGAGGAGGUUUUUUGGAUGUGAAGAAUGUGGUCACCACUUUGAGAAGGCCUCCUCAACUUUGGCCUCCAUCCAGACCCCCCAAGAGGAGGUCAUGUGGUUGUGGAGACAACACAACAUGGUCAACUCCAGACUCGCGGGGUCUCUGAGUGAAGACCCCCUCUUCCCCAAAGAAGCAUGGCCCAGCCCCUCCCUCUGCGCGUCCUGUCACGGGGAGAAAGAUGGCGUCCAUGUUUGGGACUUGGAGAACGUGCUCAACUUCCUGCGACAUCACUACGCCACGGACAACCUGUCCUCCAGACACGCCCGCACCCCCCUUCGUCUGGGCGUGCCUCACACCCGCCCUCAUGUGGAGGAGCGUCCGGAGCUCCGCCCACAACAGGAAGUUGUGCAGGGCGCCAGUGGAGGGGUGUGGAUUUUGGCCGUGGGCUUCAACAGCGUGGACAUGAGCCUUUGUGUCGUCCUCUACGUGUCCUCCUGCCUCGUCCUCAUGCUCCUCUUCUUCUUCUUCAAAGUGCGAUCCAGGAGGUGGAAGCUGCCAUCCUCCCGCCUCCUCGUCUGAUUGGACACGCCUGUCCCCGUCUUUCACUGCCAUUUCAGGCCCCGCCCCUUGCAGUGUGUCACUCACAUGAGAGGGAGGGGCUGGGCGUCCUGUGAAGUGUUUUUAUUGUUGAUUCUGCUCAUUAAAUGAAAUACUGUUUUCAUACCACAACAUGACUCAGCGCUUU